GCUGUAUCGAUGGAGUCUCUCUCAGUGACAACCAACAGCUUCACUGUGGACCUUUACAAAAAACUGAAUGAAACUUCCAAAGGCCAAAACAUUUUCUUUUCUCCUUGGAGUAUUGCAACUGCUCUCGCCAUGGUCUACUUGGGUGCAAAGGGUGACACUGCAUCCCAGAUGGCUGAGGUUCUUCAUUUUAACCAGACUGCAGGAGAAAGAGGUUCAUCUGAGACAACGAGGCCUUCUCCGGGGAGACCAAGGAAAAGAAAGAUGGACCCUGAUCACAAGCAAGCUAAAAACAUCCACUCUGGCUUCAAAGAGCUCCUGUCUGCCAUCAACAAACGCAGAAGCACCUACUUGCUGAAGAGUGCCAACCGACUGUAUGAGGAAAAGACCUACCCGUUACUGCCUAAAUUCUUACAGUUCGUUACAAGCUAUUACAGUGCAAAGCCACAAGCUGUAGACUUUAAGACAGCUGCAGAACAAGCCAGAGCACUGAUCAAUACAUGGGUUGAAAAUGAAACUGAGAGGAAAAUCCAGGAUCUGCUGCCUGCAGGAUCUCUUGAUUCUCGCACUGUACUGGUCUUAGUAAAUGCCAUUUAUUUCAAAGGAAAAUGGGAAAAGAAAUUUCUGGAGAAAAAUACUUCUGAGACACUCUUCAGACUGAGCAAGACCAAGACUAAACCAGUACAGAUGAUGUUUCUGAGAGACACGUUUUUGAUACACCAUGAAACAACCAUGAAAUUCAAAAUCAUUGAGCUUCCAUAUGUGGAAAAUGAACUCAGCAUGUUUGUUCUCCUACCAGAUGACAUCAAUGAUAACACUACUGGUCUGGAGCUGGUUGAAAGAGAGCUGACCUAUGAGAAACUGGCUGAAUGGACCAAAUCAGCCAGCAUGAUGAAAGCUGAAGUGAAUCUGUACCUGCCCAAGCUGAAGCUGGAAGAGAAUUAUGACCUUAAAUCCACUCUGAGCAGCAUGGGGAUACGAAAUGCUUUUGACCCUGUUCAGGCUGAUUUCACAGAGAUGUCAGCUAAGAAGGAUCUUUUCAUUUCAAAAGUUAUUCAUAAAGCUUUUGUGGAGGUGAAUGAAGAAGGUACUGAGGCAGCAGCUGCCACAGGUGUCCUGGUGCUGAGAUCAAAACCACCAAAAAUGACUUUUAAAGCUGACCACCCCUUCCUCUUCUUCAUCAAACACAACAAGUCCCAAACCAUCCUCUUCUUUGGCAGACUCUGCUUACCCUAG